AUGUCUGCGGUCUGGCGUGUUGCUGCAAACCAUCCGAAAAAGCUUGUUGCUGGGACAUUAUGUUUAGUCUAUUGCUAUAAUUUUACUAGUGAAAGAUAUCGUGAUUACGUUUUGCACCGAGAAAUAUGCUCCCAUGUUUCUUCAGAAAAUUACAAAACUGUUCAUAGCACACAACCUCUACGCAGCCUGACUGUGUUUGUCAAUCCAUUCUCGCGUCGUGGAGGACUUUUAAAGGAGUUUGAAAACAAUGCUGCUCCUAUUUUAAACCUAUCUGGUCUUGACGUUAAAAUGGUUUAUCUAGACACCGAUUCUGAAAUAAAAGACUUCAUAAAGGUGCUAGACCCAAGCAGUACUGACGGUGUUUUAGUUGUUGGGGACGACAAUAUGAUCCAGAAAACAGUUACAAGUUUGUUAUCUCGGGACGAUUUUAAGACUACUCCUCUGUGGUCAUUGCCGGUCGGAGCGGUGCCCGUAGGUAUUUGGAAUGGACUUAUAAACUCUAUGCGUGAGAAAACAGUUGUCCCUAAAUGGUUUUAUAACGUUUUACAAUCCGUCCUACAAAACAAUACUAAAAGGAGGAAUGUUUUAGAAGUUAAAGUUGUUUCAGACGAUAGUCAACCAAUUGAACAAUCAAAGACGUCAUCUGCAAAUACUUAUGCUUUAUUAGGUAUUGAAUGGAAUAUUUGGAGAGAUAUAGAACUUGGUGGGGGUUUUGGUGCUAGUGAUAGGCAUAAAAAACCAACAAAUCCUAACGAUCACCGUGGUGUACUCACAACACUUUCAGUUUCAUCUCCUAUAUCGUGGAGUCGUAAUUUUGGUGCGUUAUGGAGAUCUACUUGGUAUUGGCUUCGAUCAUCUGAAAACAAUACUCAAAUAUAUCCUCAUGACGAUUCUAAAACUUCAUCGAAUUUUUUCGCAGAUUCUUCAGUCACUAUAUCUGAAAAAAAGCAGAAAAAAAGUCGUGUGAAAUUAGCUCGCCUUACUUAUACUCCAAUUUGUACAGGAUGUUCGAAAUGUUGGGAGAAAAAGUUAAUGAGUUAUAAAGAAUCUGAUCUUCAAGUAAAUGCAAAGAAAUCAACAUCUCUAUUAGGAAGAAUAUUUGGAUUCUCGUUAAGCAGUAAUAAUAACAAAUCAAAUAUUGAUGGAAUGGAAAUUGAAGAAAUUCAACAACAAAUCAAAGCCAAGUGUUUCAUAGACAAUCCUGCAUGUGAUGAAUUAAAGGAAUUAGUCGUUGAAAAGGCUUCAGGAUUCACAAUCACUCCAGAAGGAGACCACAUUCGUUUGGAUAUUUUGCGUCAUUCCACCAGCUAUUGGGACCAUAUACAACAGUUUCGUUCGUGGCUCCUUUCUCAACCGUAUUCAUUUAAAUCUGGUAGUCAGGUAAUAUUGUGUGAUAAGUUGCGUUUGUUUCCUGGCCAAACUGAGAACGAGUUUUAUUGGAUUGACAACGACUACUUUGAGGCCCACCCGAUUGAAGUGAAUUUGCGCCGCAACGCUGUCAAUUUUUUUAUGUAA